UUUAGAAACUUCUUUCGAUCUACAAGGUUCGAGCUUAAUCUUCAUCAAAACAAAAACAUGUCACCAACAUUUUCAAAAAAAUUGUUAAAACAUAAAUUAUUGGUCAAUGUACGCCUUUGAGCAAGAAACAUCAAAGAGGCCGACAAGUCCCGACAAAGGGAUGUUUGCGUUUGUGUUUCGAAGAUCGAUUUCCGUUCAAAAGGGUUUGGAUGUUGCCUCUAACCCGAACGGAGGCUGUGGAGGUUUAUUUACAGGGAAAGUAAACCUAUAGGGUCACCGCAAACGAAAUCAUCUUAUUUGGUAUGUUAAAACGUAAAAAAUCUGCAUUAUAAUUGUUGCACGCGUCAAGAGUCUGCACGUGUAAUGGAACUUGAAAGCACUAAGGGGCCAAACCAGGACCGCCACCCGAAAGAAGAACUACUUGUUACCUCCAUAAAAAAGGAAAAUGAAUCAGAUCAAGACGAUUUUUUCACAGAAGCCCCGAAAGAAGCAGAGUUUCAAGGGCGAUUACUUGAGCCCAAAUAUGAAGACAAUAGCGAGGAAACGGACUACAACUAUCGCGGUAACAUGCGCCAUUUACUCAAGGAAGAGCACGCCUGGGAUAGUCCAGAAUUUGUGGAAGAAAUGGAUCUAUUUGACGGAAACUCCAAAAGCAAGGAGAAAGCCACCUAUCAGCAGCGAAUAAAAAAACCUUUAAACGCCUUCAUGCUGUUUAUAAAGCAGAUGCGCCCCAUAUUGAAAGACAAAUUACACUUUACCAUGAUGGCGUCAGACGCUAACAAAUUGCUGGGGAAACUGUGGCGCCAAUUGUCGGAACAGGAACGGGCGCGGUAUUCUGAAAUGGCGGCAGUGGAAAAACAUCUCCAUCGCCAGCAGUAUCCGGAGUAUGACGGCAAGCUAAAUUAUGCACGGAGCAAGGAAAAACGGAAAUAUAAGUGGAAAAGGCGAGCCGACCAGGUGAGACGAUGCAGGGCGAUGCACGGGAUGAUCAAUCUGCAUUUGUGGUGUAAAGGCUGCGUAAGGAAAAAGAAGUGCCUCGUCUCCAACUGCGAUACAGAAAUGUCUGGCGAUAGGCAAAGGACUCUCGAUAGUGGGGAGGAGGCAAAUCUUAUGGUAGAGAUUAGCAAAUGCCAGUCCAUGUACCGCCAGAAUAAAUGCCAGAUGUGGAGCAAGGGCUGCAAAAGUAAUACAAAUCGCGUCAACCUUGCCCAACCUCAAAACCCCAAAAAAGAGCAGCACACAUCAAGCUACUCGGAAUGGUUAGAGCGAAACAUCAAACCUCACAACAAAGAAUCGGCUACCAGUCUCUUGACUAGCGAGCUGAAGAUCCUCAAAGAGAGAGCGGAACAAUGUCUGCUUGCUAAUCAAGACCUGCUGCUAACGAAGAUUAACCAGCUGUUGGAAAAGCAAGAGGAAGAUAACUACAGCGACCACGAGAUAUCCGGGUCCCCUGAAGGCAGCGACGAUGAACUGGGUAGUUCUCGAAAGUGCCAAAUGGACAUUGUGGACAAACAGCAGGACACUAAGCCAUAUUGUAGAGAACAUAUUAGCGAUCCUCAACCUCAACCAAAUAUAAUCGAAGAACUUAGAAACCUAAGUUGCUCUAGAUCAAACAUUCCCAAAAUGGAGGCAGUCGACAUAGGUGUCCUGAGCCACAGACUCGUAAAGGCAGAUCACGCCUGCGACGAUUCGGAGCGGUGCCGCGGGGAAUCCUGCGACGCGUUCGUUUUGCAAGACCUGUUCACGAAAGUGUACUCCCUCUAUUUGAAAACAAAGAAGAAUGUUUCGGAAAUGCCACGCCCACCUGUUAGAAAAAAACGCUAGGCACAAAAGAACCUAAGCUUUGAAGUUCCGUAUUAAUCUGGAAUCGUUUGUGAUUUAUUUUUGACGGGCAUUAGUGUGGAAGAAUUAUUUUGUCCUUUACCCGAAAUAUAUAU